CGGCACCGCACACCCAAAAGGCAGAGCAAACCAACCACCACUGUCCCAUCCCACCACCCUCCGCCUCCGCUGCCGAUUCGAAAGCGCCCCUCCCCCCGGCCUGUCCCCUCGCAAAAACCCUAGCUCCAGCCACCACCACCAUGAAGGGCAAGGCCGACACCUCCAAGAAGGAUGAGGGCAGGCUCCGGGCCGGCGGCGGCGCCGGAAAGCGCAAGAAGGCCGCUGCGAGCGGCAAGCCCAAGCGCCCGCCCUCCGCCUUCUUCGUCUUCAUGUCUGAAUUCAGGCAGGAGUACCAGGCACAGCACCCUGGCAACAAGAGCGUUGCGGCCGUGAGCAAGGCAGCAGGGGAAAAGUGGCGUGCUAUGUCAGAGCAAGAGAAGCAACCAUAUGUGGACCAAGCUGGGCAGAAGAAGCAGGACUAUGAGAAGACUAAGGCGAACUUUGAGAAGAAGGAGAGCACAAGCUCAAAGAAGGCUAAGACUGAUGAUGACGAUGGCUCAAAGUCUGAGGUUGACGAUGAGGAUGACGAGGACGAUGAGUAAAUACUGUCUCCGCAGUCAUGAGAUAGCAAAUCGAGUGUUAGGUCCCCAACUAGCUUACCGGCUUGUUAUCUUUAAUGUUAAGUUGUUUGGAACAGGUGUUUAUGAAGGGGAUCUAUUAGUUUCGUGAGGUUGUUAGUUUAGUGCAUUAGCAAAGAAAAAGCUGAAUGCUGCUAGCUGUUCUGUUGCUUUUCUUUUGUUGCUGCUAGCUGUUCUGUUGCUUUUCUUUUGCUAACCACUUGUCACAACUUUCUGUACCUGUUUCAUUGACUAAUCUAGUGACUAGUCAGUUAUUGGUUUAAUGUUUGGUUUUGAUUUUAUAUAUUCCUUUUUUGCA